AGUAGGGGUCGGUCGACAGACGACAGGUUGAGUCACGAAUGACGAAUGUUGUGUUUAUUUGUUUGAAAACCAGACGACUGUGUAGUUAAAUAAACAAAAUUAAACAAGAAUAAUACGCAAGUAUACAUAAAUUGAUUCAAGUUAACUUAAUUGUGCUAUAAAUUUAAAAUUUUUGUCGCAGUUUUGUAAAUUAUUUAAGUUCUCGCUAUCCUAAUUUGAUUAGGGUAGAUACAGAAGAAGUUAAGUGACUAAUGGUGUAGAGAAAAACAAAGAAAAGCCUUCAGAUUGGUGGUGUUUUUCCAAUUAAAAAUGGACGAGAUGAAAACGCCACUAGCAGAGAACACAACGUGAAACUACGUACAAAAUACGUAAACUUGAAUUCGAAGCUACAAAUUCAAGGAAAUAUAACACAUAAGUCAACGGAAUAAGGUUCAAAAUGCCAGCGAUAUUGACGAAGAUACGCGAGCAAGCGUUCAGAGUGCAGCCAACGAUCGCGGUAGGCGUCGGGGUCGGGGUGGCGCUCGCCGCGUGCGCUGUGUACGGCACAAGGGAGAAGAAACAGCCGCCGUGUCAUAAUAAUAAUAAUAAUUAUAAAGUAGCCAAAAAUGGCACACUGCAAAAUGUGGAUAGUGGCAGUGCAGAAACCCAAACUUGUGGGGGGAGCUGCGGGGCGGAACAGUGCGCGUUGUGUCGAGGGGAGGUGGAUACGGAUAAUAAACAGAAUAUUGAGGACGCCGACGACACGCAAUCCAUAGAAGAACACGUACCAGGUCUAAACCUGGAGUUCCUCCGGCAGCUGAUAUCGCUUGCCAAGAUCAUGGUGCCCGGCUUCCGCAGCCAUGAAGUAGCGUUGCUCACUGUGCACACACUCUGCCUUUUCUCGAGGACCUUCCUGUCUAUAUAUGUUGCGUCGCUGGAAGGUUCUAUAGUAAAGCACAUAGUCCAAAAGGACAUGCGGGCGUUCGCCGCACUGCUCCUACAAUGGUUCGGAAUAGCUGUACCGGCCACUUUCAUCAACUCAAUGAUAAGAUACCUUGAAGGAAGAUUGGCUCUAGCCUUCAGGACUAGACUCGUGAACCAUGCGUACGAAUUGUACUUCAAGAACCAGACUUACUAUAGAGUGGCUAAUUUGGAUGCUAGGAUUGAGAAUGCUGAUCAUAGGUUAACAGAAGACGUAUCAGUGUUCGCACAGUCCGUUGCACAUCUAUACAGUUCGUUGACGAAGCCGUGCUUCGACCUGUUGCUCAUUGUGCUCACUCUAGCCAGUUAUUCGAACAAGAUGAAGGGCAAUAUAUUCCUUGGUCCCGGUAUAGCCACAGUAGUGAUAUGUCUAACUGGUCAGCUACUCCGACUACUGAGUCCAAGGUUCGGUGCCCUGGCUGGUGAAGAGGCAAGAAUGAAGGCAAACUUGCGUCACGUACAUUCUAGACUGAUUGCACAUGCGGAGGAGGUCGCUUUCUAUGGAGGACAUAAUGUGGAACUCGGACAGUUGCAAUCCGCGUACAAACAACUGGUCGCCCAAAUGACGUCCGUGUUCAACAAGAAGCUGUGGUACGUGAUGCUGGAGCAGUUCUGCAUGAAGUACGUGUGGUCUGGCACCGGGAUGGUGAUGCUGGCGCUGCCCAUACUCACCGGCAAGCGGCUGGACGGUACAACCGGUGAAGGCAUAAGUGCAAGAACGGAGUACAUGACGACGUCACGUAACCUAUUGAAUUCUGCAGCUGAUGCCAUCGAGAGGCUCAUGUCUAGUUAUAAGGAAAUAGUAACGCUAGCGGGCUACGCGACCCGCGUGUCGGACAUGCUGGUGGUGUUCGGAGAAGUGGCGCGUGGCAAGUGCGUGCGCGCCGUGCACGUGGCCGCGCCCAGCGCGCACGGCUUCCAGGUCACCUUCCGGGACAAGCAGCCGGUGCCGAUGGGUAAAGUCACGUACACGAGUGACCUAUCAAUUCGCCUUCGCAACGUGCCCAUAGUGACGCCGACGUGUGACGUAGUAGCUAGCGGGGUGACGCUAGAUUUGAACCCGGGAACGCAUCUGCUUAUAGUGGGUCCUAAUGGAUGCGGCAAAUCGAGUUUGUUCCGUAUAAUCUCCGGUCUGUGGCCGGUGUUCGGCGGCGAGCUGAGCGUGCCGCGGCCGUGCGCGUGCGCGCACUGCGCCGGCGAGCCCAACGCGCCGCCGCACUGCAGCGCCAGGCCUGUCAUGUUCUAUAUACCGCAGAGGCCGUACAUGUCGAUGGGCUCGCUGAUCGACCAGAUAACGUACCCGUCGCGCGCGGGCGAGCACGACGCGGCGGCGGAGGCGCGCGCGGCGCACAUCCUGCGCGUCGUGCGGCUCGACGCGUGCGCCGCGCGCCACGGCGGCCUGCGCGCCGUGCGCGACUGGCGCGCCACGCUCUCCGGCGGCGAGAAGCAGCGCGUCGCCUGCGCGCGCAUGUUCUACCACAGACCGGUGUACGCGCUACUGGACGAGUGUACGAGCGCGGUUUCCAUGGAAACGGAGGUGGUGAUGUACGAGGAGGCCAUCAAGGAGGGCAUCACGUUACUUUCCAUCACGCAUAGACCCAGUGUAUGGAAAUACCACACACACGUCUUAGAAUUUGACGGCGCGGGAAGCUGGUCUUUCCGGCCAUUAGAAAAAGAUGCGCCCGCCAUUACACCUUUGGCACCAGCAGCGAUCGAGAACACCAAAACUAAUACCAUAAAUGAAGUUACUGAGAAACCAAGCGAGUGAACGCGCAUUACAUCAUACGACAGAAACAACGCCAUCUAUUUUCAAUUAUGGGAACUUGAAACAGUUAUUUGUAAUAGCGCCAUCUAUUGUCGAAAAGUUAAAACUAUAUAAAAAUUUUAUAACAGCGCUAUCUAUGGACGAUAGGAUGGUACUAUCAACUUUUUGAUUUGGCGCCAUCUGUUACAGUUGUGGAAAAAUUUAUGCACACUGCAGAAUUAUAGUGAAUUUAUAAUAAUAAUUAUAUACUAAUUAUAAUAGUGGUGGACUGGUGGUGUAAAUUUUAAUGUGAGAUUGUGCGAAGAGAUUAUGUACUGUGUGAAAAAUCAUAUUGUACAAUGUACAGCUUUAUAAAUGUAUGAACUUGAUCUAGACAAUAUGCGCAUGAAUGGCUAAGCUGUAUUAUGAAAUAAUAAUCAUGUUAUGUUUAUUAUGUACACGUUAUUGAGCGUAAGAAAAACUAACUGUUACCUGACACUGAGGUUUGAAGAAAUGUGAUAGUGAUUUUGUGAUUUAGGAUAAUUUUAAGUACUGAUAAUAAAUAUGUCCGAUACUUGUGGAAUAUUAUUUGAUUAAUGAUUUGUAUGGAAUAGAUUUUAUCAUUGCACGGAGAAUAAUCUUUGGGUUUUGUUCAUUGUUGAAACUUUUCAACUUGUAAAAUAUACACUAUAAAACUUUCUUAACUAAAAUUGUCUUGUAAAUUUUGCAAAGGUUUUCAAAAAAUACCAGUGCGGUGAUUUUGAAUUAAUCAUUAUAAUCAGCAAUCCAAAUAAUGUUAUUAAUUUCUAUAUGUUAUUAUUAUCAUAAAGUAAGGAAUGAGAAAUUUAAUUAUAAUUAAUGAAUGUGGCUGUUUAUCUUUUUUUAUUGAUUUAUUUUAGAGAUUUUUAUACAAUAUUGUCAAAACUGUGACAUUUUUAUUUAUUACACCAGCAUACGUACAGUAAAUGUGAAUAUUUUUGUAACAUAGAUAAAAAUAUUUUGUAUGGUAGUGUGCAGUGAUAUCGCGGAGAGAUAAAAUAAAUGGGGUUUUAUAUGAA